AUGACUUCUUCAACUUCUUAUUUGUUCACUGAUUUUUCAUCCUCCGCUUUUUCCUCAUCCUCUGAUGAUGAAAGCGAUGAUGCAAAAAUUGUUUCACUUGUGGGUCUUUAUGAGAUAAAUAAAGCUAGUAUGAUACAGAUGCUGACAGGAAGUGAUCAACCAAAGAAAAAAGUUUAUUCAUCUUCAACAUUUUGGAGACGUUUUAGAAUGCGUCGUGAUCUGUAUUUGCGAAUUUUGCAUGCCAUUGAAGCAUACGACACAUAUUUUGUUCAAAAAAAAGAUGCAACUCAUAUUCUCGGAUUGUCUCCACUUCAAAAGAUGACUUCAGCAAUUAGAAUGCUCGCAUAUGGAGUGGCAGUAGAUACGGUUGAUGAUUAUGUGCAAAUUGGGGAAAGGACGACAAUUAAAAGUUUGAAACACUUUUGCAAUUCAAUUAUCGAAAUCUUUGGACCUGAAUAUCUUAGAUCUCCAUCACCAACUGAUAGUGCUAGAUUACUUGCUAUUGGGGAGGUUUGUAGGUUUCUGGGCCAUCAGAAAAAGCCAACCAUAAUUCUUGAAGCAGUAAUUCUUAUGACUUGUGGAUUUGACAUGCAUUUUUUUGGAAUACCUAGAUCACACAAUGACUUGAAUGUCUUGGAUUGUUCGCCCUUAUUUUCUUAUUUUUCCCAAGGGAAAGCUCCGCCUACUAAUUUCACAGUUAAUAGACACACUUACAAUAUGGGUUAUUACCUUGCUGAUGAUAUAUAUCCUCCAUGGGCAACACUGGUGCAGACAAUCUCUUCUUCCCAAUGA